UCUCCUUGCAGAGUUCUCCACUCCUUUUGUCAAUCAGCGAAAUUUGAUCUUGAAAGGCCCGGUGUGCAGAGGCCAUGGGUUUGUCCGCGUCCUCCCCGGCUGCCACAGAGCAGCCACCGAAUGCAUCCAGGCAAUACCAGGCGGCGUCUCCACCUUCAGAAUGUCCCAUGCACCAAGAAAAAAUGAGCGGUUGUCCAAUGCAUAUGAAGACUGCUGAUCAUAGCACUGAGAACACAGAUGAUGUUCCUGCACAUCAAGAAAGAGCUUAUGAGUUUGUAGCAUGUCCUGUGAAGUCUGGUGCAUCUCAAAUGAAAGAUGACAUAGAUCCCAGCAAUAUGAUGCCUCCUCCCAAUCAGCAGCCAUCUCCAGGUCAACCAUUUCCAUUGUCAACUGUUAGAGAAGAAUCUUCCAUUCCUAGAGCACAUUCUGACAAGAAAUGGGUCUAUCCUUCAGAGCAAAUGUUCUGGAAUGCUAUGCUAAGAAAAGGGUGGAGGUGGAAAGAUGAUGACAUAACAAGUGAAGACAUGACCAACAUUAUUAAGAUUCAUAAUCAAAAUAAUGAGCAAGCUUGGAAGGAGAUUUUGAAGUGGGAAGCUCUACAUGCUACGGAAUGUCCAUGUGGGCCCUCACUGAUGCGGUUUGGAGGCAAAGCGAAGGAGUACUCACCAAGAGCCAGAAUACGUUCAUGGAUGGGGUACGAGCUGCCCUUUGACAGGCACGACUGGAUCGUUGACCGCUGUGGCAAGGAGGUGCGCUACGUCAUCGAUUACUACGACGGCGGGGCGGUGGAUGAGAACUACCAGUUCACCAUCCUGGACGUGCGCCCCGCGCUGGACUCGCUCUCGGCCGUCUGGGACAGAGUCAAGGUGGCCUGGUGGCGCUGGACUUCCUAACUGCUCCUGUGGUGUGUAC